AUGCAUCUCCGAUCGCGAUUUCCUUUUGGGCGAGGCCGGAGGGGCGCCGCGAGGGAGGAAAGAGACACCUCAAGUAGAGCAUCCUCGCGCCUCGUCUCCCCGCGUCUUGGCUUACUUUCUGCGGAGGUAUUUGGGCGGCUGCGACGGCGGCGGGGGGCGGCUGCGGCGGCGGCAGCGGCGGCAGCGGCAGGUGGAAGUGGACCACGAGAACUCCGACAUACUUCCUCGCGAGGGGGGAGGACGGGGGAGGAAGAGGGGGCCAGUACUGACUCCGCCGCGCCCGUUGCUUCUCGAGCCACAACCAGCUCAGCCUCGGAGCAGGGAACACGCCAGCUCCUCUCCUGCUGCAGACUCCUCGCGCAGCCGUUCGCUUCCUCUCGCUUGGGGAGAGGGAAGGGUGUGCUUCGACAGCCAGCGUGUCUGCGUGCCUGGAGGGGGAUCCAUUUAAGCGAGGUUCCUUGUUCUCCACCCAGAGAGCGCCUCGCCAAACAGACAAUGACCAGUGCAGUAUGCAUCGGGUUCCUUAUCGUCUACGGCAUCGUCCUCGUUUCACAGAAGGUAUUGUGUAAUGGGUAGGUGUGGAUAGGUAAGUUUGAUCGAUGUGUGCUCGUCUGUUCGCGCGACUGGAAGAUUGUUCCGAUAAAUCGAAUUAAAAUCGAGGUUUAGAUCACUUGGUCACGAAGGAGCCACGUCACGGUUUUGAGAUUUCGUUUUCGUGCAGCUUGAGCAAUCAGUUCAGGUCAGUUUCCUUCCAGCAGGCACUUG